AGUGCGCGCGUGUGUGUUCCGAGAGGGGGGGGAUAAAAAAGACAGGAGACCGGGGGCAGCAAGCUCGAAGCGGCGGGCAUCACCGAGCUAUGGAGGGCGAUGUGCGUGUUCGUGCAGUGGUGAUGACACGUGAUGACUCCAGUGGCGGGUGGGUGCCCCUAGGAGGUGGCGGCCUCAGUCACGUGGUCAUAUGUAAGGGGCGGAGUCACGAAGGCAGGGGGCGGAGAGAGUACAUCAUACGCGGAGAACGGCUGCGCGAUCGAGCACCCGUGCUGGAGUGUGCGGUGCAGAGGGGGCUGGUGUACAACAAGGUCAACCCCAUCUUCCACCACUGGCGCGUGGAGGAGCGCAAGUUUGGCCUGACGUUCCAGAGCCCUGCCGACGCCAUCUCCUUUGAGCGUGGCCUUCAGAGCGUCAUAGACAAGCUGGACAGAGGCUCUGACUCGCCCUCAUCCUCCACUCCAGAAGAGGGCGACACAGAGGAUGAUGGGCAAGCAUCUCAUACAGGAAGUGAGUCGUCGUCAAACAGCAGGAAGGAGAUGCUUCCAAAACCCAUCACCAUAGUGACCAGCGAGUCCUCCUCCACCUGCUUCGUGCGACCCGCUACAGAGGAGUUUAGCUUUGGAGCUGGUCCCACCGUCCCCACCCAGACCCCUGCCCAGAUCCAUGCCAGACCUGCACAGCACCAGCUCUCCCAAGUCCCGGCUGUGUUGAACCCCCCUGCGCCCCCACCCCCUCCUCCGGCGCCCCCCACCCCGCCAGUGGGCCCCCCAGCCUCCUCCUCCCCCUUGUCGCCCCUCUCCCCCACCAUCUCCCUGCUGGAGGAGGGCGACCUGCGCAGCCUGGACCCCUGCAAGGACCUGUGGGGCUCCCGGGGCUAUGAGGACUACCGGCGGGCUGGAGCGACAAGGACCAUGGUGGGGGGGCUGACAGGGGGCGUGGUGGUGGCGGGCGGGGGCAGCCUCCAGGACAAGUCGGAGCUGUGCGUCGUGCGUUUUGACAAGGAGCUGGCCGGGGCGGGGACAGCAGGGUGUGAGGUCACAGUCAGCCUGGAUAGCAAAGGCUCCCAGCACCUGUCCUCGCCCUCGCCCACCUGCAUGUCCAUGCCCAACGCCGUGUCAGGUGUGUCCUCAGGUGCCGGCUCGCCCCAGGAGACGGGCAAGGGCUCGCCCUCUCCCUGCUGCAUCCACACCUCGCUGGCCACGCCCCGAUCACGGACUCGUAAGCGAGGGGGAGGGGCCGCCGCCGCCGCCGGAAGCGACCCGGGGGCCGUGGCCGUCUCCCCUGACGACGACAGUCCGUGUCCUCAGGGCUCCUCGUGCUCGUCCCGCUGCGUCUACUGCCGCUCCGUCUUCAGCGCCUCGGAGAAUGGGCGGGGCCGCUGCCGGGACGCCCCCGACCCCGCCCUGCACUGCCUCCGCCAGUGGACCUGCGUGUGGUGUGCGGAGAGCCUGCUCUACCACUGCAUGUCGGACUCCGAGGGCGAGUUCUGGGAGCCGUGCUCCUGCGAGGACUCCAUGGGGGGCCACCCUCACCCUCUCUGCUGCGCCCGCUGGCUGGCCCUCCUGGUCCUGUCCCUCUUCGUGCCCUGCAUGUGCUGCUACCUGCCUCUGCGCGCCUGCCUGCGCUGUGGGGAGAGGUGCGGAUGCUGCGGGGGAAAGCACAAGGCUGUGCGGUGA